AGGAAGGAUUGCUGGUUGAGGCGGUGGAUAAUGGACUAUGAUUCCGAUUAGAGAAUCAAGGCAUUUGGACAGAGAGAUUUUCUUUGUCUUCUUUUAAUGAAGAUUGUUGAACAGCGACAUGUAGUGUGUAUGUAGUUUGUGUGUAUAUAUGUGUGUAUACAUGUGUGUACAUGUGUGGUAUUUCCUCAAGAACGCACACAUAAUGUUGGAAACGCACAGAAAGUCCAUGCAGCUUCACACAGUCUGGUCUGCUGCUUGUCAGUGUGACUGGGCAUGUCCUGACGUCUUCAGACCGUGCUACUGCCUUUGACCAGUAGAUGGUGCUUUACCUUCAGGGCUUUCUCACAAUGAGAUCUAGCUAUUUUGUUGUGAGGUGCAAUAUUAGAGAUGUAAAAUAUAUGUAUAUACAUUAUUAGAGCUGUAGCUGGCUUCUCUGGUAGGUAUACUAGCUUGAGACAACUCUUUACCCAGCACUUAACUGAGGGAGUCGUUCGUUGUUUUGUAUUUUAAUCCUGCUUUGUAUGAAAUGUGCUACAUACAUAAAUCUGAUUGAUUAUUUCAUUUGAUGAGGUGUCUACCAUGUGUCAUAGUGACACCAGACUUGACUGCCUUUGAACUGGGCCAACUUGAAGUAUUCUACAAGUUAUUCAGUCACAAUCUCCAGCACACAGCUAAGCCAUCUGCACCCUCAUCCACAAACAUCUGAAGGACAUUGCUUCUCAUGGACUGAAGAGGAACUUGCCCACGCUGGUCACAAUAUGUGAACACAUUGUCUCCAGGUAUGUUCAGCACAUCAUGGAGCACAUAAAGCCCAUCCUUGAGGAAUGGCGCGUCAAACUGCCACGAAUACUUUCACUUGUCAAUGGUAACCAGUGUUUCUUUGGUGUAGACGAGACCUAUGUGUGUUAUAACAUGAAUGCCAUUCCGUCGUUCUUUGCUCGCUUUUUGGGAACCUCUCCUCUGAUUCCAUGUUGUAGCUUAAUGGAAUACGAGUUGUUAGUCACCAAAGAGGUAACGACGAGAGUGAACAACUGCAUAGCCAAGGAAAUGACGUCAAACACCAAGCAUUUGAGAUUCAAGCCUUACGACUGUAACUGCAUUGCUUACGAAACCCUGCGUGAAAUGACGGGUCACUUUUGUAAAGCCAUGCGCUGUCUGCUGCUGCGAGCAUGCCACUGCACACGAGCACAGCAAAAGCGAGCGGAGGAGAGCAGCACGGGUGCCCUCCGCAAAGCAAAGAAGACACACAUUCGGACCAUAAGUAAGGAGAAGAGUAUUGUGAUCUACUCCACGUCAGAGAAAGCACUAAUGGACAUCAUGUCAGAGGUCGUAUAUAUCCACAACAUGCCUGACCACAAAAACAACCCCAAAAAUGAAGGUGGCAGGUGCGUGGACUUGCUUAUCGGUGAUGGUCUACACACUAUUUUUGAAAAUGAUGAAGAACAGGCGGACGACACCGCACACCUCUCGUCCUCUUACGAUGAAGAUGGAGAAGAUGCAGACUUCGGUGCGUUUAGUAACGAGUUAAUUGCGUCCUUUGGUGGCGAGGAUGUAGGACAAGAUGCAGAAUACAGUGCGUCCAGUGUGAUACCUGCGUCUUCUGGUGUAGAGGAUGUAGGUGAAGUUGCAUCUCAUGAAGGUGAGAACAGUGAGCCGCCAACAUCCUCUGGUGUUGAGGAUGUAGAGGAAGAUGUAGAAUACAGUGAGAUACCUCCGUCCUCUGGUGUUGAGGAUGUGGGAGAAGAUGCAGAUUACAGUGAGAUACCUGCGUUCUCUGGUGUUGAGGAUGUAGCAGAACAUGCAGAGUACAGUGAGAUGCCUGUGUCCUCUGGUGUUGAGCGUGAUGGAGAACGUGCAGAUGGAAGUGAGUACAGUGAGCAACUUGCGUCCUGUGUUACCGAGGAAGGAGAAGAUGGAGGCAGAAGUGAGUGCAGUGAGCUGCCUGCAUCUUGUGGCACUCGGGAUGUAGGAGGAGAUGCAGAACACAGUGAGAUGCCUGCAUCCUGCAGUGUUGGGCAUGAGGGAGAAGAUGCAAAUGGAAGCAAGUUCAGUAAGCUGCCUGCAUCCUGUGGUGAGAAGGACAUAGGAGAACCUACAGAGUAUGUACAUGACACUGCACACAGGAAGUUAUCUUCUACUGUUGAGAACAUAGCAGAUGAGGUGGAUGACAAUGUCGACAGGCAGAUCCUAUUUGCUGAAACCACUGACAUUAGACCAGGUGGUGAUUUAAACAAGCAGUUACUCAGAAAUGAGGUCUCAUUUUAUUCUCCUGACCCACAUAGAUCCACAUCAGCACGAGUGUCGGGUGAUUACAUAAAAUAUUACACACGCCUUGUCAAUAUAGUGACAAGGAUUUUAAUGCAUACCAUUGAGAGGGCCCACGUAUCAAUGCCUCAAACAGAUUUCAACAGGAUUGUCCACAAUGUGUCAUAUAAGUUGCUCGCACAGCUGGAGCUCAGGAACAUUUCUGUGAGAGUAAAAAAAGUUGCAAAUAUUAAGGCCGUGGUCUGUGACCUGUCUAAGACUUUCCACUCCGCACAGGGGCUUCUGAAAGAAUUAGAGGGGGCUGACGAUACAUUUAUCGAGGCCCUGAGGAGAAAACUGACCGAAAAGAACAAGAGCAUCUUCGGAUGUUUCCUAUCAGUGGGCAAAGACUUUUAUCAAGCUGUAGCCCGCCUCCGUAAUGGCACCUCCUGCAAACGGACACGAAAGAAUGAGAUCGCGAUUACAUGUAGCCAAAAUCCUCCUGUAGGGGCAGUCAGUAAGUGGCAACCCAAAAUUUGAAAAUAUCUUCAUGCUAGGGCCGAGUGAAAGGGCCCAGAAUUCAUAUCUCAGUAGCUUUAGGCUGAGUGGCGGAAUAUACGAUUUACAGGUUCAGCUGUAGGCAACAGGACUUGCUUGCAUCAAGGAGCUUCUUCAGUUCGGAGUAACUGGUGGAAUUUGGCUGCUGUUUGCUGGAUACCUGUGUAGAGAGUUGUUACGUGAAACAAUGAAAGUCACGCACACCCUGACCCAGUUCCAGGUUGUUAGAUUCACCUGUGUCAAGGUGAAAAAGAGGGUUGUUCAGGUCGUCUGAGAGACCGUCUUCUACUGCGACGCCACACAGGAGUGUGUGCAUGUGUGUGAAGCAUGAGAGGCCACAGCCACAGUUAGCAUUAGCAGAGAAAAUGCAAGGCACUAAUGUGUAAAGUUCUGUGCCAAUGGAAAGAAAAUGCCCAGACUCCUCCAGUCAAGCUGAGUGUCCAUGUGUUCAUCAUCUGCCAGCAAAGAAAAGUAAGGGUGUUAGCCCGAAGUAGCUACAUCUUUAGCCCCGGAGAAAUGACCUCACCUGUGUUUCCUGACAACAGUCUGGGAGCUAAAGCAGGAAAGCUCAACACCCACGGUAGCUGCUAUCAAGUCUUCUGAAGACACUGUGAAGAAGGAACAGCUUAGCAGCUUCGUCAAACCGACUCAUAACAUUAAAAGACGUGACAUUGUUUGGUUCAUAGUGCAUUUAUAUUGAUUCAAAUACAUCAAUGUACUUGUAACUUUUCCUAUCAUUGUUUAUUUGCUGCACACCUACUGUAAUCCUGGAAGCCAGCCUUUGAUGCCAGGUUUGAACAGGGCCUGUGAUUACACAGGAUGUGUGUACAACUGCUGUAAAAUAAAAUAAAAAAUGUUUUUUAUAGCCUUAGAAUAAGUCAUCUAUGAGUGCGUAACCCUUAAACACACCUAGACACAUGUUGGGCUUUUAAUUUUGAGAAGUUUUAUGAUUUUUAUCAAGCAUACUGUUAAAAAAUGUAUACCAGUUU